AUGGAAGCUCUCUCCAGUUUGCUGUCUUGGCAGAGCAUCACUGCAACUAUUCUACUCUAUUAUGUAACACUUGCGCUCUACCGAUUAUACCUGCAUCCCCUGGCUCGUUUCCCUGGGCCUAGGCUCGCGGCCGUGACGCGAUUGUACGAAGGUUACUACGAUCUUUACCAAAACGGCCAGUAUACCUUCAAGAUAGCUGAAUUACACAAAAAAAAUGGUCCCAUUAUCCGUAUCAGCCCCUGGGAGCUUCACGUGAAUGAUGCAGCAUUCUUUGAAACACUUUACAAUCGCCAGGAAGGAAUCUGGCACAAAUACGACUGGGCCAUGGAUGCCUUUGCAACCAAAGGCGCGACCCUCUGGACGGCUGACCACACCUUGCACAAGAAUCGUCGCCUGCCCCUGAGUCCCUUCUUCUCUAAGGCCAAGGUGUCGAACCAGCAAGACAUGAUUAUGAGACAUGUCCAGGCGCUUUUCGCCAGACUGUCGGGCUUUGCCGCGUCUCAAAAAACUGUUGACCUCGGCGCCGCCCUCACAGCUUUCGUACGAGAUGUUGUUAACGAGUACAUUUUCGGAAAGCAUUACAAUGAUCUCGGAAAAGAGGAUUUCGAUGCCGGUAUAACAGUUGCAGCGCAGGCCGGGGGUCUCUUGUGGCGAACUACCAAGUUCAUACGCUUCUUCGGUCCUUUCAUGCGGUCAAUUCCGCCCCAGUGGAUUAUUGCGGUCGCCGAUCCUGUUAUAAAGGAGUUUUUCCGCUUUAUGAUUAUUUCCAUGAACGAUACCAGGAAUUUCAUGAAGGCGGCAAUCACUCCAGAUGACGACGGCCCACGCACUCUGGUCCAUGAAAUUGUGCAAUCCAAACUUCCGGCUGCCGAGAAAUCGUUUGAGAGAAUAUUUGACGAUAUGUCCACCACCACUGGUGCCGGCUUCGAGACAACGGCCGCUGUUCUGCGGAUCGCAGUCUUCCACAUCUAUAGCGACACCAAGAUCUUCGAAAAGCUACGGGCGGAAAUUGCUGCUGCCGCCAACCAUGAUUGGAAGACGCUCGAGCAGCUUCCUUACCUAACAGCCAUUAUUAUGGAAGCUAUGCGCUUGGCUCCCGCUAUUGCUACUCGCAGCGCUCGAGUUUCCCAAGACAAGGACCUCGUCUACGCAGACUGGCGAAUCCCAGCGGGCACACCCGUUGGAAUGACCAUACACUUGCUCCACCAGAACGAGGAGGAUUACCCAGAGCCCCAGCGCUUUAACCCAGACCGAUGGAUAGACCCAGACCCGUGGCACCUAGGCAACAAGACCUUUGUGCCUUUCGGAAAAGGAAAGCGUAAUUGCAUCGGAAUGCAUCUGGCUUGGGCCGAAAUCUACUUGCUUCUUGGUAGUAUCGUGCAAAGCUUCGAGUUCCAGUUUCCAUCGACAAAGGCGGAGGAUUUCCAUGUCACCGGCGACAAUUUUGUCCUCGUCACUCCAUCUACGGGUGUGAUGCCUGCUCUUGUUACCGAAACGAUGACAGGAAACAUUUGGAAAGAGGUUGUAUAG